GUCGCCGAGCUGGGGCUGCAUGGCCGAGGCGGUGAAGCCCCAGCGCCGGGCCAAGGCCAAGGCCAGCCGGACGAAAACCAAGGAAAAGAAGAAACAUGAAACUCUUCAGACAGGAGAGUUUGAUGAUGUCUCCCUUCCAAAGACCUUCAGCAAGCAGGACCUCUGUUCAGCUUGUGAACUGACAGGAGACCAUUUGAAGGUGCUCACGGAUUCCCAGCUGCACAGCGAUGCUGGUGGACAGAAGGAAAGUGAGAUGUUUGAUAUACCACUUACCUCCUUGACUGUAGGCGAUGAAGGAGCUCUGAUGUGUGACACAGAGCCCCUAAAAGAAAGGGAAGAGGUUAGUGCCUGUGUUAGAGAUGAGGAAUUCAAGUUGAAGGCUAACCCUGAAGACAAUGUUGGAACUAAAGUGGAACUCUCUAAGAACUUUACAGAAGUUGAGGCAAACAUAGUGGUACAAUGUGGACCUUCAGAAAUCCCACUGCAAUCUGAUGUUUCCUGUAUUCAGCAGGAAACAGACCCUUCACAAGCCAGAGAAACUCAGAAUAAGAAAAGAGAUAAGCCAGCCCUUGGCUUUUCUUCAGAGAUGCUUCAAAGUGCUGCCUUGCAUGGUUCCUGUGAAGCCAGAGAAGUUUCUCAGCCACCUAGGGUGAAGAAAUUAUAUCCCCAGUUGCCAGCUGCAAUGGCUGAAGUGCCUGCUCUGGUGGUGGGAAAACCCUUACUUUGUAGUGAGCGUCUCUACCCAGAACUCCCAUCUCACCCAGAGCUGGUGCCGUUUACUAAAGAACAGCUAAAACUUCUGGAGCCUGGGUCAUGGCUGGAGAAUAUUGAGUCAUCCCUAGAAGAUUUUGACAGCAUGGCUCAUCAGGAUGGGCAUGAGCUCUGUGAGCUGCUUUUGAACUAUUUGCGCUGUAGGAAGCAGCUGCUGCUGGCUGAAGCGGAGUUGCUUGCCCUGACCUCUGAUUGCCAAAACGCCCAGAGUCGACUGUGGCACUUUCAGGAGGAGCAAGUGUCUGUGCAGGGUGUCUGUGCAGACCAAGUGAGAGUUUACGGCCACCAUCGCUACCAGAGAGUGGAGAUGAAUGAAAACGCACUGGCAGAACUAAAGAAGCUUUUUGAUGCCAAGUCUGAGCACCUUCACCAGAGCCUGGCCCUUCAUUCUUACACUUCUGUGCUCUCAAGGUUGCAAGUGGAGUCGUACAUCUAUGCAUUGCUCGAUAACUCAGCUGUCCUGAGACCUUUAGCCAUUCAUCAGCCUGACCAAGCUUCUAAGUUGACAGAGAGCAUUCCCUCUGAUCUGUGCCAGCUAAAGGAGUGCAUUAGUGUCCUGUUCAUGUUCACCAGGAGAGUGAAUGAAGAUACCCAGUUCCAGGACGACAUUCUUCUUUGGCUGCAGAGACUGGUGUCAGUGUUACAAAGAGUUGGUUGUCCUGGAGAUCACCUCUUCCUCCUAAACCACAUUCUUCGGUGCCCAGCGGGUGUUAGUAAGUGGGCCGUUCCUUUCAUCCAGAUCAAAGUGCUGAAUAAUCCAUCAGGGGUCUUUCAUUUUAUGCAGUCCCUUGCCCUGCUGAUGUCUCCUGUCAAAAAUCGAGCAGAGUUCAUGUGUCACAUGAAGCCCAGUGAGUGGAAGCCAUCCUCUUCGGGGCCUGCAUCAGGGACUUGGACGCUUGUAGAUGAGGGAGGAGAAGAGGAUGAAGACCCUGAGACCAGUUGGGUUCUCCUUAAUGAAGAUGACUUUGUCAUCCUUUUGUCACAGUUUCCGUUUCAUGAACUCUUUCAACAUCUUCUUGGGUUUAAAGCAAAAGGUGAUUAUUUACCUGAAACAACAAGACCUCAAGAGAUGAUGAAAAUUUUUGCCUUUGCCAACUCAUUAGUGGAACUUCUGGCUGUGGGAUUAGAAACCUUUAACAGAGCCCGUUAUAGGCAGUUUGUGAAACGAAUUGGUUACAUGAUCAGAAUGACCCUUGGCUAUGUCAGUGACCACUGGGCACAGUAUGUGAGCCAUAACCCAGGUGUGGGAUUAGCCCUGCAGCCCUACUCUAUGGAGAAACUGCAGAUUGAAUUUGAUGAGCUGUUUCUGAGAGCUGUCCUACAUGUGCUGAAAGCCAAAAGACUUGGCAUCUGGCUGUUCAUGUCUGAAAUGCCCUUCGGGACACUGUCAGUGCAGAUGCUCUGGAAGCUCUUCUACCUCAUGCACCAGGUGGAGAGUGGGAACCUGCAGCAGCUGUGCCUCACCCUCCAGCCAGCUGAGUGCAAGAAGCAACUCCAAGAUCCAGAGCAUUUUGCGAACUUUGAGAAGUGUCUUUCCUCCAUGAACAGCUCAGAAGAGAUUUGCCUUCUGACUACCUUUGCUCAGAUGGCUCGGGCCAGAGGAACCAACGUGGAUGAAGACUUUGUAAAAAUCAUUGUUCUGGAGAUAUAUGAGGUAUCUUAUGUCACCCUGUCCACCAGAGAGACCUUUUCAAAGGUUGGCCGGGAGCUUUUGGGGUCCAUCACAGCUGUUCAUCCUGAGAUAAUUUCUGUUCUUUUGGAUAGAGUUCAGGAGACCAUUGACCAGGUUGGAAUGGUUUCUUUGUACCUCUUUAAAGAAUUGCCCUUGUAUCUUUGGCGACCUUCCUCCUCUGAAAUAGCUGUGAUUCGAGAUUGGUUAUUGAAUUACAGUCUGACAGCUGUGAAGAAUAAGUUGGCCUGUGUGAUUCUAGAAGGACUGAAUUGGGGAUUUACUGAACAGGACACCCUUCAUUUGGAUCAAGCAGUCCAUACUGAAGUGGCCUUAAUAGUUCUCGAGGCUUACCAGAAGUAUCUUGCACAGAAGCCCUAUGCUGGGCUUAUUUCUGAAAGUGUGAAGCAGGUUUCUUAUUUGGCCAGUAUUGUUCGAUAUGGAGAGACUCCUGAGACCUCAUUUAACCAGUGGGCCUGGAAUUUGAUUUUGAGGUUAAAACUGCACAAGAAUGAUUAUGGAACACAGCAGAGUUGUCCAGUUGUUCCCCUCUCCAGCAUAGUACCUGACAUGACAGAGUCACCCACGUUUCAUCCUCUCCUGAAGGCUGUGAAAGCAGGCAUGCCCAUUGGCUGUUAUCUUGCCUUGUGUAUGACAAAAAUGGGCCACAGCAUUGAGAAGUUCUGUGCAGAAGGCAUCCCACUGCUGGGAAUCCUGGUCCAGUCAAGGCACUUGAGAGCAGUAGUCCAUGUCCUAGAUAAAGUUCUGCCUUUGUUUUACCCCUGCCAGUAUUACCUCCUGAAGAAUGAGCAAUUUUUGACACACCUCCUCCUGUUCCUGCACUUGGAUAGUGGUGUACCUCAGGGUGUCACACAACAGGUUACCCACAAGGUGACACAGCAUCUGACAGGAGCCAGCCACUGGGACAACGUGAAGCUUCUCAACAGCAUGAUACAGGCACACAUAUCUGUAAGCAUUCAGCCCAACGAAGUAGGUCCUGUGGCUGUGCUGGAGUUCUGGGUUCAGGCUCUCAUAAGUCAGCACCUCUGGUACCGGGAACAGCCCAUCCUCUUCCUCAUGGAUCACUUGUGUAAAACGGCUUUUCAGCUGAUGCAGGAAGACUGUGUGCAGAAGCUACUGUACCAGCAGCACAAGAAUGCUUUGGGUUACCACUGUGACCGGAGUCUGAUCUCUUCCUUGGUCAGCUGGAUCGUGGCAGGCAACAUCACCCCUUCCUUCGUGGAGGGCUUGGCCACGCCCACUCAGGUUUGGUUUGCGUGGACUGUGCUGAACAUGGAAUCAAUCUUUGAAGAAGACUCCCAGCUCCGGAGAGUUGUUGAAGGAGAACUGGUUAUAAACUCUACUUUUACCCCUGACCAAGCUCUAAAGAAAGCCCAGGCCCAGCUGAAGCUCCCCAUCGUCCCAUCCCUACAGAGGCUGUUGAUCUAUCGCUGGGCCCACCAGGCUCUCGUCACACCUUCUGAUCACCCUCUCCUGCCACUCAUUUGGCAGAAGUUCUUCCUCCUGUAUCUUCAUCGUCCAGGACCACAAUAUGGGUUACCCAUAGAUGGCUGCAUUGGAAGAAGGUUUUUUCAAAGUCCUGCACAUACUAAUUUGUUGAAAGACAUGAAGAGACGCCUGACUGAGGUGGCUGACUUCCACCAUGCUGCUAGCAAAGCCCUCCGUGUUCCAGCAGAGGGCAGUGAAGGGAUUCCAGAGCGGCAGGCUGGCACUCCUGGUUACCUGACGUCGCCAGAACUGCACAUGGAACUGGUGAGGCUCUUCAAUGUAUACAUAUUAUGGCUAGAAGAUGAGAAUUUUCAAAAAGGAGAUACAUACAUUCCAUCUCUACCAAAGCACUAUGAUAUUCACAGGCUAGCAAAAGUGAUGCACAAUCAGCAGGAUCUGUGGAUGGAGUAUUUGAAUAUGGAACGCAUACAUCAUGAGUUCCGGGAAACCAUAGGGGUGUGGACACAGGCCAAGUUUGAGUCCCACUCCAUGCCCUGUAGCUCUUCAGCACAGCUGGACUUCACUGAUCCUUUGCUGGCUAAAGAAAGGGUUCUAAGUAACUUGCGGAAGCAUGAGGCGCCCCAUCCUCCCCUCGUUCUGUACCCCAUGAAGCCUCCAGUGCCAGUUGUUUCUUCAGCUGUGCUACUGAGUCAGAAGGACACCACCCAGCUGGUUCGCACAGAUCUAAAUCUGUUGCAACAGCAGGCCAGAACUGCAGCUCUUCGGGAAUCUCAGCAGGUUGCCCUGGAUGGUGAGCUGCUAGACACCAUGCCCAAGCAGUACGUUAACCGAGAAGAGCAGACCACCCUGCACUUGGAGUGCCGAGGCAGUGGUGGGAAGAAGUGCCAAGGAGCAGCAGUGGUAACAGUUCAGUUUGAAGGGAUGCAUAAGAAUGAAGCAGUGAGCCAGCAGCUCCAUGUUCUGCGGAGAGAGGUGAAGCAGUUGCAGGCAGAAGCUGCCCAGCCGCCAUCACUUGGUGUUGUGGAAGCUGCAGUGCAUGCAGAAAACUUGAUCACGGCCCUAGUGAAUGCUUACAAGUUGCAACCUACACCUGGCGCUCAGCAAGUUGGCAUUAGCCUUUUCUUUACUGUUGUGGAUUAUGUCAGCGAUGAGACCCAGCGCCAUCCUCCUACAAGGCAGUUCUUUACUUCAUGCAUUGAGAUCUUGGGACAGGUGUUUAUCAGUGGCACUAAAUCAGAAUGCAGAAGGGUUCUUCAGUCCAUCCUGAAGAACAGAAGGCUCUGCUCUCUCUUGUCUCCCUUCUUCACUCCCAAUGCUGCCCCAGCUGAGUUCAUUCAGCUGUAUGAGAAAGUGGUGAAGUUUCUGAGCGAGGACAACAGUGAUGUGAUUUUCAUGCUGCUGACCAAGUUCGAUCUUAAGCAAUGGUUAAACGCCACUAAACCUCCUCUGUCUGAUCGUACCAGGCUUCUGGAGUCCAUUCAUUUGGCACUUACUGCCUGGGGCCUUGAACCUGACGAAGAUAUUUUGAUGCCAUUUAAUCUUUUCUGUAAGCACUGGACUUACCUUCUUCUCUACCAGUUCCCUGACCAGUACAGCGAUGCCCUCAGGCUGCUGAUGCAAAGUUCUGCAGAGCAGCUGCUGAGUCCGGAGUGCUGGAAAGCAACUUUGCGAGCCUUGGGUUGCUGUGCCUCAACUGGCCAGCCGGGGGAAGCUCCUGUAGAGACCACUGUGCUUCAGAGAACUCCAGAUGUUCUCUUGUCAGACAGACAGGUAAUGGAGACCAUACAGUGGCUUUCAGAUUUCUUUUAUAAGCUUCGCUUAUCCAAUUCGGACUUUAAAAGCUUUGGUUUAUUUUCAAAAUGGAGUCCUUACAUGGCUGAUGUGAAGACUUUCUUAGACUAUCUUGUAAAAAGGCUGAUUGACUCAGAAAUGGCCUCCUUGGCCCAAAAUCCGUCUGCCAGCAGUAAAUCAGGUAUGCUGAGGUCCCUGCAUUCACUCAUCAUCCAGCUCUUCAAGCCUUGGAUCCUGGUUUUAGAGGAUGGUGACAGUAGCCAACAGCGGUAUUACCCCUGGCUAGAGAGUGACGCUGUGGUGGCCUCUAGCAUCGUGCAGCUAUUCACUGACUGUGUGCACUUACUGCAUGAGAGUUUUAAAGACCAGCUGCUGCCAGGCGAUGGAGGAGCCCUUCAGCUGCACCUCAUGCACUAUUGUGAAGCGUGCACGGCCCCCAAAAUGCCAGAGUUCAUUCUGUAUGCUUUUCACAGUGCGUACCGGAAGCUCCCGUGGAAGGACCUGCACCCUGACCAGAUGCUCAUGGAAGCCUUCUUCAAGGUGGAACGAGGAAGCCCCAAGAGCUGUUUCUUAUUUUUGGGGUCUGUACUGUGUGAAGUCAACUGGGUUAGUGUGCUCUCUGAUGCCUGGAACCCCAACCCUCUCCCCGAAACCCGGAGCAUGAUCGUCUGCCUCCUUUUCAUGAUGAUUUUACUGGCAAAGGAAGUUCAGCUAGUAGAACAAACAGAUUCACCUUUACUUAGUCUCCUUGGACAGACAAGCUCACUCUCAUGGCAUCUUGUGGACAUUGUGUCAUACCAGAGUGUGCUGAGUUAUUUCAGCAGUCACUACCCGCCGUCCAUCAUCCUGGCCAAAGAGUCUUCUGCUGAACUAAUUGUGAAGCUCCUCAAAGUGUCUGCGGGACUUUCUGUUCCUACGGAUGGCCAGAAACAUGUUGAUGUUGUUCCAAAGUGCCAAGCUUUCACCCACCAGAUGGUUCAUUUCCUCAGCACCUUGGAACAGAAUGGAAAAAUCACCUUCGCCGUCCUAGAACAGGAAAUGUCAAAGCUCUUAGAUGAUAUCAUUGUCUUCAACCCACCUGACAUGGACAGCCAGACCCGACACAUGGCCCUCAGCAGCCUCUUUAUGGAAGUGCUAAUGAUGAUGAACAAUGCGACCAUCCCCACGGCAGAGUUCCUCCGAGGCAGUGUCCGGACCUGGAUUAGCCAAAAUGUGCAUGGGCUGGUGGUGCUGCCUCUUCUGACAGCAGCCUGCCAGAGCCUGGCUUCCGUGCGCCACAUGGCAGAGACUACAGAAGCCUGCAUCACCGCAUACUUCAAGGAAAGUCCCCUCAAUCAAAAUUUAGGAUGGGGACCCAUUCUGGUGUCCCUUCAGGUUCCCGAGCUUACCAUGGAAGAGUUUCUGCAAGAGUGUCUGGCCCUGGGCAGUUAUUUGACUCUUUACGUCUACCUGCUGCAGUGUUUAAACAGUGAGCAAACCCUCAGGAACGAGAUGAAAGUGCUGCUCAUCCUUAGCAAGUGGUUGGAGCAGGUGUACCCAAGCUCUGCACAGGAAGAGGCGAAGCUGUUUCUGUGGUGGCACCAGGUCCUGCAGCUGUCCCUCAUUCAGAUGGAGCAGAACGACUCAGUCCUGACGGAGGCCGUCGUUCACAUCCUGCUCAUGCUGCAGAGCAGGCAGAGCCUGGUGGCGGAGGAGAGGCUUAGCUCCGGAAUUCUGGGGGCUAUUGGGUUGGGCCGGAAGUCGCCCUUGUCUAAUAGGUUCCGUGUGGUUGCUCGAGGCAUGGCCGCCUUCCUUUCGGUGCAGAUGCCCACAGAAGACCAGAUUCGCCUGAAGCCCAGCUCCGAAUUCCAUCUGACUCCAAAAGCUCAGCAGGCGCUGGCUGCUCUUGAAUCCAUGCCACUGAGUAAGCAGUACAUCGAAUACCAGGAUCAGAUAUUGCAAGCUGCUCAGUUUAUAAGACAUCCUGGCCAUUGCCUCCAAGAUGGGAAAAGCUUCCUGGCUCUCCUUGUGAACUGUCUCUAUCCAGAGGUGCAUUAUCUAGACAACAUACGGUAGUGAUUGGAGAAAGCCUGUUGCUGUUUAUGUUUACAUUAAUUUAGCUGUUGCACAAAUUCCUGCACUCAGUUUCACUGUAGAUCCCAGUUCUGCCAGGAAGUAGUUGAUUGCAGGGUGGCAUUAGAUAGUUAUGGUGUGUGUGUGUGUGUGUGUGUGUGUGUGUGUGUGUGUGUGUAUUUUGCCUUGAAGGGUGUUUAUGUUCUUCCACAAGUGAAAAGUGAAAUGAGGUUCCACUUGAGUACAGAACCACUUACAGUUGCCAAAUGCCCCAUCACCUCCCAAGACCUCCAGAUGGAGAACUUGAUAUGCCUCCACCUCUGUCUUCCUGGUUUUGUCUAAAUGACAAGACUCCUAUAUGAGUUCUGGCUGCUUUGAGAGUCAUUAGAGCUCUCUUUUUUGACUCACCUGUGCUCUUGCGAUGUAAACAAAAGUCAGUUUUGAGAAAUUCUGCAUUUCUCAUGUGAAGAAAAACACCAGCUUGAAAGUAUUGAUUUUCCUCUCAGAAGGGAGAUUAAAGGGCUGGAUUAAGCCAGGAGUGGGGCAUACCUCUAAUCCACACACUCAGGAAGCAGAGCCAAGAGCAUCACAAGUUUGAAGCCAGUGUGGGGCUACAUAUCAAGACCCAUCUCAAAUAAAACAAAAAAAGAAGCUGAGUGUUACAGUGACUGGUGCGGAAGAUGUGACCACUUUAUUUUGGUGAUAGUGGACAGCCGAGAUGACGACACAUCUUUUCCAGCUACAUGUUCUUGUGGAGGAGCUCCCGUUGGAAGUGGGGUGCCUGUCUGGGGCACUGUGACAAACAUGCUGUGUACAGAUGGGACUUCUUAGACCUCGGUGGUGAGAGUGCAGACAAGGCUGUCUCUGUAGUUGCUAGAGCCCCCUGUACCUUGGGUCCUGUUAUUCACAUCACUUCCUUGGGCCCAUCAGUGUGAAAGUUAGCAGUUCUUACUAGGUUGAGGUUUGCUUUUUGGCCCCAUUGCCAAGAGGAAGAUGGGACUGUUCUCCAUUCCCACAUAGACUUGGAUGAGCCUCUCAGACCUGCUGUUACACUUGUCCAUGGAAACUGGGCCAAUUCAGGAGGAAUUGCUGAAAUUUGGCUUUUAAUUUUUUUUUUUGUGAGUAGGUGUGUGCCUUCUGUACUGUUGAAAGUUUAUCCAUUACCAAGCUUGCUGCCUUGUUCUGUCUACAUCUUGCUCACGCUGUUUUCCUCAGGAGUUAGAAAUUUCUCUUCUGCCAACACAUGAGUAAUUCUCAAAUGACACAAAAAGGAUUUUGAUUGCCUGGCUUAUCUAGUCUUUGUUUACUGGUUGCCUGUGGCCCAAGGAUAUCUACCCAAAAAUCUCUUAACAGCUUUCAGUAGAGAUGGGGAUAUGUAGCUAACACAAUGCUAACCUUUCCCCACUGUCCUUUUGGAUUGCUUCUUUCACACUAGUGAGUCUACAGGAAUUCAACUGGGCAGGGCAAUUCUGCCUCACCAACAGUCCUUGGGGCUCUAAUAAAGAACACCCCUGUUCAAGGGCCACAAAGUCUCAUCUCACUGGGACAUAUCUCAGUUUUUACUUCUUUCCACUUUUGAAAUCUUUCAUCUUCAUGUUGUGUGUACCAGAAAAUCUUAGCAGCUAUAGACAUUUGAAUUGGCUGAUUUGGCAGCAGUGAGUGUAUGACAGAAAAUCUUUUGUAUGUUGUUUUCUUUGAGGAGAAUGAAAUUACCAGUAUCCUAGAAUGUGAAAUUUUUGAAUGAUAGUAUGUACAUUUUAAAGAAAAUUAUGAUUAAUCUGUUAAUUUUUGAAAGUUUAUAAUAUUUAUAAUGUAUCUGGUCUGUAAAAAAAAUUGUAAACAAUAAAAUCAAUCUUUGGUGUAA